UCCCCGUCCCCGCCCGGUCCCCUCCCCCUCGGGUCCCCUCCGGAGCGCGGGGCGCCGCGGGGCUCUCGGCUCGGCUCCACGGGGCUGCCGCGCCUGGCCGCGGGGGGAGGGUUCGGCUCGCCCAGGGCAAGGUCAGGGGAGCGGGCGGCGAUGCCCGAGCGUUUUGACCGGAGGCAGCCGAUCGAAGGCCGCCGCGGCUGGGGACCGUCGCUCGGCACCGGACAGUCGCACGGGGGUCGGAGCCGCUGAGCAGCCGAGGAGCGGCGGCGGUGGUGGCGGCGAGGUCGUCUGCGGCCAGGAUCCCGCCCCAAAGCGGCAUCCCCUUGCGCGCCCGCGAGCGCAGCCCCGCGGAGCCGCGGCUCCGGGGAGGAUGGAGCCUGGGGGCCGGGCCCGCUCGGAUGCCCCGCAGCCGGCCGCCCCGGGGAUGUGCAGGGCUCGGCCGGCGGGCGGCGGGGGCGCCUCCUCCCGGCCGCUGCUGGACGGGCGCAGCCCGCGGCUGCUGUGCUACGGCUUCCUUUACCUGGCGCUCUGCGCUCAGGUGUCCCAGUGCAAGCCCUGCGAGAGGACCGGCUCCUGCUUUUCGGGUCGCUGUGUCAACUCCACCUGCCUGUGCGACCCAGGCUGGGUGGGGGACCAGUGCCAGCACUGCCAGGGCAGGUUCAAGUUAACAGAGCCUUCCGGAUAUUUAACAGAUGGUCCAAUUAACUAUAAAUAUAAGACUAAGUGUACCUGGCUAAUUGAAGGCUAUCCAAAUGCAGUGUUGAGGUUAAGAUUCAAUCAUUUUGCUACUGAAUGCAGCUGGGAUCAUAUGUAUGUAUAUGAUGGGGAUUCGAUAUAUGCACCUUUAGUAGCUGUGCUUAGUGGCUUGAUCGUCCCUGAAGUGAGGGGCAACGAGACGGUGCCUGAGGUUGUCACAACAUCUGGCUAUGCGCUGCUGCACUUUUUUAGCGAUGCUGCAUAUAACCUGACUGGCUUCAACAUUUUUUACUCAAUCAAUUCUUGUCCCAACAAUUGCUCUGGCCACGGGAAGUGCACAGCUAGUGUUCCCAUUGCAAGUCAAGUGUAUUGUGAAUGCGAUAAAUACUGGAAAGGGGAGGCGUGUGACAUCCCGUACUGCAAAGCCAACUGUGGCAGUCCAGACCACGGCUACUGUGACCUGACAGGAGAGAAGCUCUGUGUCUGCAAUGAUAGCUGGCAAGGUCCGGAUUGUUCUCUGAAUGUUCCUUCUACGGAGUCCUACUGGAUUUUGCCAAACGUUAAGCCCUUCAGCCCUUCUGUAGGUCGGGCUUCCCAUAAAGCAGUUUUACAUGGGAAAUUUAUGUGGGUGAUUGGAGGAUAUACCUUUAACUACAGUUCUUUUCAAAUGGUUCUGAAUUACAAUUUGGAAAGCAGUAUAUGGAAUGUAGGAGCUGUAUCACGGGGACCUCUCCAGAGAUAUGGGCAUUCUCUUGCUCUAUAUCAGGAAAACAUCUUUAUGUAUGGAGGCAGAAUUGAGACAAGCGAUGGCAAUGUCACAGAUGAAUUAUGGGUUUUUAAUAUACCCAGCCAGUCGUGGAGUACGAAAACCCCCACUGUUCUGGGACACGGCCAGCAGUAUGCGGUGGAGGGGCACUCGGCACACAUAAUGGAGCUGGACAGUGGAGACGUUGUCAUGAUUGUGAUAUUUGGAUAUUCUGCAAUAUACGGUUACACAAGCAGCAUACAGGAGUACCACCUUUCAUCAAACACUUGGCUGGUUCCGGAAACUAAAGGAGCCAUUGUCCAAGGUGGAUAUGGCCACACCAGUGUGUAUGAUGAAGUCACCAAGUCCAUUUACGUGCAUGGAGGGUAUAAAGCACUGCCAGGCAAUAAGUACGGACUGGUGGACGACCUUUACAAGUAUGAAGUCAACACCAAGACCUGGACUAUUCUGAAAGAAAGUGGGUUUGCCAGAUACCUUCACUCAGCAGUGCUAAUCAAUGGAGCUAUGCUUAUUUUUGGAGGAAAUACCCAUAAUGACACUUCCUUGAGUAACGGUGCAAAAUGUUUUUCUGCCGAUUUCCUGGCAUAUGACAUAGCUUGUGAUGAAUGGAAGACAUUACCUAAACCAAAUCUCCAUAGAGAUGUGAACAGAUUCGGACACUCUGCAGUAGUUAUCAAUGGGUCCAUGUACAUAUUUGGUGGAUUUUCUAGUGUGCUCCUUAGUGAUGUCCUUGUGUAUAAGCCCCCGAACUGCAGAGCUUUCCGAGAUGAAGAGCUCUGUAGAAAUGCCGGCCCAGGGAUAAAAUGUGUUUGGAAUAAGAAUCACUGUGAAUCUUGGGAGACUGGGAAUGCCAAUAAUAUUCUCAGAGCAAAGUGUCCCCCUAAAACUGCUGCUGCUGAUGACAGAUGUUACCGAUACGCAGACUGUGCCAGCUGCACCGCCAACACGAACGGGUGUCAGUGGUGCGAUGACAAGAAAUGCAUCUCAGCGAAUAGUAACUGUAGCAUGUCUGUCAGAAACUACACCAAAUGCCAUGUAAGAAACGAGCAGAUCUGUAACAAACUUACGAGCUGUAAAAGCUGCUCGCUAAACUUGAACUGCCAGUGGGAUCAACGGCAGCAGGAAUGCCAGGCUUUGCCAGCUCACCUCUGUGGGGAAGGCUGGAAUCAUGUCGGGGAUGCUUGUCUUCGAAUCAAUUCCAGUAGAGAAAGUUAUGACAAUGCAAAGCUUUACUGCUAUAAUCUCAGUGGAAAUCUCGCUUCUCUGACAACUUCCAAAGAGGUGGAAUUUGUGUUGGAUGAAAUACAGAAGUACACACAGCAGAAAGUAUCACCUUGGGUAGGCUUACGCAAGAUCAACAUAUCCUACUGGGGAUGGGAGGACAUGUCCCCCUUUACAAACACGACGCUACAGUGGCUUCCUGGUGAACCGAAUGAUUCUGGAUUCUGUGCUUAUCUAGAAAGGGCUGCGGUGGCGGGACUAAAAGCAAAUCCUUGUACGUCCAUGGCGGAUGGCCUUGUUUGCGAAAAGCCUGUUGUUAGUCCAAAUCAAAACGCAAGGCCGUGCAAGAAGCCGUGUUCCCUGAGGACCUCGUGCUCCAACUGUACAAGCAAUGGCAUGGAGUGUAUGUGGUGUAGCAGCACGAAGCGGUGCGUGGACUCCAACGCCUACAUCAUCUCCUUCCCGUACGGACAGUGCCUGGAGUGGCAGACGGCCACCUGCUCUCCUCAAAACUGCUCUGGGUUGAGAACCUGCGGCCAGUGCUUGGAGCAGCCUGGGUGUGGCUGGUGCAAUGAUCCCAGUGAUACUGGGAGAGGGUACUGCACCGAGGGCUCCUCGCGGGGACCGAUGAGACUGGGUGGAGCCCAUGGCCACGAGGUGGCCCUUGACACCAGCCUGUGCCCCAAAGAGAAGAACUACGAGUGGUCGUUUAUCCAGUGUCCAGCUUGCCAGUGUAACGGACACAGCACGUGCGUCAACAGCAACGUGUGUGAGCAGUGCAGGAACCUCACCACCGGGAAGCAGUGUCAGGACUGCAUGCCGGGAUACUACGGAGACCCCACCAAUGGAGGGCAGUGUACAGCUUGCACAUGCAGUGGCCAUGCAAAUAUUUGUCAUCUGCACACAGGAAAAUGUUUCUGCACCACUAAAGGGAUAAAAGGUGACCAAUGCCAAUUAUGCGACUCUGAAAACCGCUAUGUUGGUAAUCCACUUAGGGGGACGUGUUAUUAUAGUCUCCUGAUUGACUACCAGUUCACCUUCAGCUUGCUGCAGGAGGAUGACCGCCACCACACCGCCAUCAACUUCAUUGCAAACCCGGAGCAGUCAAACAAAAAUUUGGACAUUUCGAUUAAUGCUUCCAACAACUUUAAUCUCAACAUCACAUGGUCGGUUGGCUCAACAGGAGGAACAAUAUCUGGGGAAGAGACUCCUAUUGUUUCUAAGACAAACGUAAAGGAAUACAGAGAUAGCUUUUCCUAUGAAAAAUUUAACUUCAGAAGCAAUCCGAAUAUCACAUUUUAUGUGUACGUCAGCAACUUUUCCUGGCCCAUUAAAAUACAGAUUGCAUUUUCACAACACAAUACAAUCAUGGAUCUCGUCCAGUUUUUUGUCACCUUCUUCAGUUGUUUUUUGUCCUUGCUGCUGGUGGCUGCUGUGGUUUGGAAGAUCAAGCAGACUUGCUGGGCUUCUCGACGGAGAGAGCAACUGCUUCGAGAACGACAGCAGAUGGCCAGCCGUCCCUUUGCUUCUGUUGAUGUAGCGCUGGAAGUAGGAGUGGAGCACGCAGACUUUCUACGAGGGCCAUUAGAGGGUGCACCUAAACCAAUAGCCAUAGAACCCUGCGCUGGGAACAGAGCUGCUGUCCUGACGGUGUUUCUCUGCCUACCGAGAGGCUCAUCAGGUGCCCCACCCCCUGGGCAGUCAGGCCUUGCUAUCGCCAGUGCCCUGAUAGACAUUUCACAGCAGAAGCCUUCUGAUAACAAAGACAAGACUUCUGGAGUCCGCAACCGGAAACACCUCUCCACACGCCAAGGAACUUGUGUCUGAGUGGAAAUCACUCCCGUGCUGUGUGCUGGUUUACUUCACAAAUGGCUUCUAUUAAAGCUGUUCUGCUGCGGCCUUGGGUUUUACAGAGGUCAAUGUCCUAUGAUCCGGGGCCCCAAGCUCAGUUCCCUCUAAGUGGGCGAUGUCCCAAGUGGCCAAAGAAUGCCAGGGAGUUUUUUAAAGUAACAGUAUUGAUGGUCACAAGUGAUAAAGUCAGUUUUUAUGGCUCCCUUAGGCUUAGAGCUAACAUAACUUACUAUGGAAAAAGAUGUAUAUUGUUUCUUAAUGCAGAUGGAAAUAUGUAAUUCAUAUAAACCAACUGUUUAUAUCCCAAGACUUUAAAGAAAGACAUUUUAUAAUGCUUGAAUGGUGAGAAAUGUACAGUUUUUGCCUCUUAGCAAACUUAGAUUAUUUGAGUAUGAGUAGGAAAUGAACAAAUCAUGGCAGCUGUAAUUGCUGUUUUGUCUCAUGAUAAAUAUGAAAGCAAGGCUUUUAUUUAAUAAGCUGUAGGUCAUGUGGUUAAAUUCUUCAUGUGACCACAUAGUAUCCAGAGUCAGUUUGAGAAUGUAACAAUUUCCAACUAAUAGGAACCUGGACCAGAGAGAGAGUUGGUCUGGAUGCGUGUGUGGCAGGAGCUUCCUUAGAAUUGUGAGCAUGGGGACAUUCCUGAAAUGACAGAGCAUGGAAAAGACUGCCUGGCAAUCAGUGUCCCCUCCUCCCACAAACAGCCUCCAGUUCAACAACCAGAAGACUGCCAGCAUGGUCAUUGGAUAGCAGAGUUUCUGGUGCCGACGGUAGUGCUUUGGUUGCCUGGGAAUCUCAGUGCCACUACCCAGCCAAAGUGUUCCUCUGGGUCUCCACCAGAAGGUGUCAUUUUCUUCAAACCUUCUUCUAUUCCCUGGAAUUUAUUUACCUCUUACAAGUGUUAACAAAACGUAUCUUAAAGGUGAAACUUUCCAAGUUCCCUGCUACCAGCUUCUUCCAGUAGAAUGCAGGCAGACAAGAAGGCAGCCCGGAGAGCAUCAGCAAACUCCAUCCCCGAUGCAACCGCACCGCAGUCACACCGUGCGGUGAAAUGUCCACAGUUCAAAGACAAACUCGUGGGUGGCCACAUCCGAAACAUCCCUAACGACACAAAGUCCUGAAAAACAGCAUGAAGGAAAAGCUAAAGGGCAGCUCUCACAUGGAAUGGUCAUUUGUGUGCUAACGCCGACUGCACAGUUCACCCAAGUUCAGUCUGGAGUGGCUGUGGUUGACUUCAGGGUGAGCACAGGCCAGCUGAGAACAAUGAACAAGAACCCCAAAGCUGCUGCAUACUCUGUAGUCUUGUUUGAUAUGAGAGUCGUCGCAUCUAAUCAACGUUAAGUACUGUAUGCACACUUUCCGUGUCCUUCGGAAUUCUGGAAGGGGAUGGCACUUUACAGUUAACGCCUCAUCACUUGCAUGCCAGGGUUGUACAGUAGCAGAAUAUGACCCUAUUCCAAUAUCAAAUAUUUAUUUCAAAUUCCAUGUAUACAUAGCUUAAUUUGAUGAGGAUCGAGUGUACUAUGUAACAGAAAUGACCACAGAAUAUGUACAUCUAGCCAUGACUGUCUUAUUUUGAUAACUAGCCCUUUGAAUACAGUAUAUAUUCUUUAUGUUGGCAUGAUAACUUCACUAUAUUUUCCAUGCACUCAAAAUCAGAUGAAUUUGUAGAAUAGUUUUAGUAAUUUUUCUCUACAGCCUGUGGGGUUUGGAUGGGAGAGGGAGAGCUGUUUGCUGGUCCUUCCCAGGAGAUUUUUUUUCUCUCAGAAAAUUAUUAGAGCUGAAUUUGUAAUUGUCUCCUAAAAAUAAUCAAGUAAUGUGAUCAACUUCUUUUGAACACUUUACAUGUUGAUAUAUUUUUUUUAACCCAUGAAAUAAUAAAUUGGGCAAAACCGGUCAUUAUAAACAUCUAGUCAUUUGAAAAUGAAACAGUUGCUCAUUUUGUUUAAUCCCCAACAUCUGUCACUGGAGAAAGCUCAUACGACGGAAAGAGAAGUCACCAGACCCGUGUGAGUCAUCACAGCUUCCGGCAGUCAUUACCAGUAUGGAGGAGCUGUCCGCUCUCAUCCACCGUGAAUCCCACAGGGUUCUUAAAACUUGAAAAUUUGAAUUUCAGAGAACUAUGGAAUUUAAUGCAAUGUCACACUCUACCGUCAACUCUGUGGCCAAUUAUGCAAUAUGUUCUUGGCAUAUAAAGCUUUUUACUGGAAAUAAAAUUCUUCACCCCAGGUGAAGUUUGCCAAAGGCA